UCAGCGCCCGGUGGCGGCGCCUGCGCAGUGGCUCCGAGCGGGCGGUUGCUUGUUGGUUGUUGUAGUAACGGGGGAAGCAGCCGUCGGCGACUGCCGUGAGCCUGGCUGGGGAAGGAGGAGGAAGGUAGGCGCAGAGCGCGGUCCCCGCCUGCCUGCUCCGAGCCAUGGGAAGAUGAGACAGGAAUCUGUGCCACCCAAAUUGUCUGAUCCAGUGAAUCUGCAAGGAAAGGUCUCUGAGGCCCCUGUCUGCUGACUGCAUGACAAACUCUAAAGGAAAUGCCAGUUGUGAUGGCCCGGGACCUGGAGGAAACAGCAUCUUCCUCAGAGGAUGAGGAGGUGGUAAGCCAAGAGGAUCAUCCAUGUAUCAUGUGGACUGGAGGCUGCAGGAGAAUUCCAGUUUUGGUAUUCCAUGCUGAGGCCAUUCUGACAAAGGACAACAAUAUUCGAGUAAUUGGAGAACGCUAUCAUUUGUCUUAUAAGAUUGUGCGAACAGACAGUCGCUUGGUACGCAGCAUUCUGACAGCCCAUGGAUUUCAUGAAGUUCACCCAAGCAGCACUGACUAUAACUUGAUGUGGACAGGAUCCCACCUGAAGCCCUUCUUACUUCGCACCCUCUCUGAAGCACAAAAGGUUAAUCACUUUCCCAGGUCUUAUGAACUAACACGGAAGGACCGACUGUACAAAAACAUCAUUCGAAUGCAGCACACGCACGGAUUCAAGGCUUUCCACAUCCUUCCUCAGACCUUCCUCUUGCCAGCUGAGUACGCGGAAUUCUGUAAUUCAUAUUCAAAGGACCGGGGACCUUGGAUAGUAAAACCAGUGGCCUCUUCUAGGGGGCGGGGCGUCUACCUGAUCAACAAUCCAAACCAGAUUUCCCUGGAAGAGAACAUCCUGGUCUCCCGUUACAUUAACAACCCCCUGCUCAUAGACGAUUUCAAGUUCGACGUGCGCCUCUAUGUGCUCGUGACUUCCUACGAUCCUCUGGUCAUCUAUCUCUAUGAAGAGGGGCUGGCCAGGUUUGCCACUGUGCGAUACGACCAAGGAGCCAAGAACAUUAGGAACCAGUUCAUGCACCUGACAAACUACAGUGUGAACAAGAAGAGUGGAGACUAUGUGAGUUGUGAUGAUCCAGAAGUAGAGGAUUAUGGGAACAAAUGGAGUAUGAGUGCUAUGCUUAGAUACCUGAAACAAGAAGGCAGAGAUACAACUGCAUUGAUGGCCCAUGUGGAAGAUCUGAUCAUUAAGACUAUCAUCUCUGCUGAGCUGGCUAUUGCUACAGCUUGUAAAACCUUUGUCCCUCAUCGCAGCAGUUGUUUUGAACUAUAUGGCUUUGAUGUGCUCAUAGAUUCUACUCUGAAGCCAUGGUUGUUGGAAGUGAAUCUGUCUCCUUCUUUGGCCUGUGAUGCACCUCUGGACCUAAAAAUUAAAGCCAGCAUGAUUUCAGAUAUGUUCACUGUUGUAGGAUUUGUGUGCCAAGAUCCUGCCCAGCGGGCAACUACUCGGCCAAUUUAUCCCACCUUUGAGUCUUCCAGGAGAAACCCUUUCCAGAAACCUCAGUGCCCAGUAUCUGCACAGUUUCAAUCAUCAUACACCAAGCAGCGCUCCCGUCCACUCUCUGCCAGUGAUGCAGAAAUGAAAAACCUUGUGGGCUCCGCCCGGGAGAAGCUGCCGGGGAAGUUAUGUGGUUCUGUGCUUGGUCUGUCAAUGGAGGAGAUUAAAGUUUUACGGAGGGUAAAGGAAGAAAAUGAUCGGAGAGGUGGAUUUAUUCGCAUAUUUCCUACAUCUGAGACAUGGGAAAUAUAUGGGUCCUACCUCGAGCACAAAACCUCCAUGAACUACAUGCUGGCAACACGCCUCUUCCAGGACAGGGGAAACCCAAGAAGAAGCUUAUUGACAGGAAGAACACGGAUGGCUAUGGACGGAGCACCAGAACUGAAGGUAGAAAGUGUGAACUCAAAGGCCAAGCUUCAUGCUGCUCUUUAUGAGAGAAAGCUCCUGUCUCUGGAGGUGCGAAAACGUAGAAGACGGAGUGGCAGAUUGAGGGCAGUGAGGCCAAAAUACCCAGUGAUUACCCAACCAGCUGAAAUGAAUGUUAAAACUGAGACAGAGAGUGAAGAGGAGGAAGAAGUGGCAUUAGACAAUGAAGAUGAAGAGCAGGAAGCUUCCCAGGAGGAGUCUGCAGGGUCUCUUGGAGAAAAUCAAGCCAAAUAUUCACCCUCAUUGACUGUUAUGGUAGAAAAUUCAUCCAAAGAAAAUUCCAUGAAGGUUCCCGAAUGGAGUAAUAAAGGUGAACAGGGCUGCAAAAUUGACACUCAGGAGCCAGAGCCGAAGUUCAACCUGAUGCAGAUUCUGCAAGAUAAUGGAAACCUAAGCAAAGUGCAGGCCCGAAUAGCAUUCUCUGCCUAUCUCCAGCAUGUUCAAGUUCGCCUGACGAAGGACAGUGGAGGUCAGACCCUCAGUGCCAGUUGGGCUGCCAAAGAGGAUGAACAGAUGGAGUUGGUUGUUCGUUUCCUUAAACGAGCAUCAAGUAACCUCCAGCAUUCACUGAGGAUGGUAUUACCUAGUCGACGAUUGGCACUUCUAGAACGCAGAAGAAUCCUCGCCCACCAAUUAGGUGACUUUAUCAUUGUGUACAACAAGGAAACAGAACAAAUGGCUGAAAAGAAAUCAAAGAAGAAACUUGAAGAGGAGGAGGAAGAUGGGGUGAAUACAGAAAACUUUCAGGAUUUCAUCAGACGAGCAAGUGAGGCUGAAUUGGAGGAGGUAUUGACUUUUUAUACCCAAAAAAACAAGUCUGCAAGUGUCUUCCUGGGUACCCACACUAAAACUUCUAAGAACAGCAGCGGUUAUUCAGAUAGUGGGGCAAAAGGUGAUCACCCUGAGACAAUACAAGAAGUGAAAAUAAAGCAACCCAAACAGCAACAGGCAACAGAAAUUCACUCUGAUAAAUUAUCUCGAUUUACCACUUCAGCAGAAAAAGAGGCUAAAUUAGUCUAUACCAAUUGUACUUCUACUUCUUUCUCUGGUCCUGCUGCUACUCUUCUGCAGAAAAUUCCCAACACCCAUCUGUCAUCUAUUAUGACAACCUCUGCCCUCUCGCCAGGGCCUGGCCACCAUUCUGCUUUAUCUCACAUUCCUCAAGCCAUCCCCACUAUACCUCAUCAGCCAGCAAUUUUACUGAACCCAGUCCCUGACAAUGCUUCUUCCUCCAUACAUCCUGGGACACAGAACACACCAAGCCCCGCUGGCCUGCCACGCUGUCGAUCAGGCAGUUACACCAUUGGCCCCUUUUCCUCUUUCCAAAGCGCUGCACACAUCUAUAGCCAGAAACUGUCUCGUCCCUCCUCAGCAAAGGCAGCAGGUUCAUGCCAUCCAAACAAGCAUCAUUCAGGAGUAGCCAAAAUGCAGAAAGAGGGAGAAGAUGGUUCUUCAUAUGGCAAACGGUACAGCCAAAGUAUGGUUUCAGCUGAACUUCAGCGACUUGCUGAAAAGCAGGCAGCAAGGCAGUAUUCUCCAGCCAGCCACAUCAGUCUCCUCACACAACAGGUAACAAACCUGAAUUUGGCAAGUGGUGUCAUAAACAGAAGCAGUGCUUCAACUCCCCCCAGCCUCCGACCUGUCCUCAGUCCUACUGGUCCAACAUGGUCCAUACAGUCAGACCCCCACGCUACAGAGAACCACUCCAGCCCCCCUGGAAGCAGGAGCCUCCAAACAGGUGGCUUUGCCUGGGAGGGCGAGGUGGAGAACAACGCUUAUAGCAAGGCUACCGGGGUGGCUCCCCAACACAAAUACCACCCCACGGCAGGCAGCUACCAGCUGCAUUUUGCUCUCCAGCAACUGGAACAACAGAAACUUCAGUCCCGGCAGCUUCUGGACCAGAGUCGAGCCCGGCACCAGGCGAUCUUUGGCAGCCAGACACUACCUAACUCCAAUUUAUGGACAAUGAAUAAUGGUGCAGGCUGCAGAAUUUCAAGUGCCGCAGCUAGUGGCCAGAAGCCAACCACUCUGCCACAAAAAGUGGUGCCACCUCCAAGUUCUUCCUCCUCCCUGGUCCCCAAACCCCCAUCUAAUCAUAAACAAGUGCUCAGAAAGGCCACAUCCCAGAGGGCUUCAAAAGGGGCCUCCGCAGAAGGGCAGCUGAACGGACUCCAGAGCAGCCUUAACUCUGCAGCCUUUAUGCCCAUCACCAGCUCCACAGGAUCUUUGGAAGCUCCCCAAGUUAUUUUCGCCAGAUCCAAACCCUUGCCCACACAAUCUGGAGCCCUUGCUACAGAUCCUGCUCACACUAACAGAUGAACCGCGAAUGCACAGAGGAAGAACCUGUCCACUGCUCCUGGGCGCGUGACUGAGGGUGAAGCAUCCGCCAGUGCUGCCAGGGGUCCAUAGUAUUUUUUUGCUGCCUCAGAGUCCCCAAGGCCUUCAAGCAGAAGUGGCAGUAGAUGGUGGCCAUCAGCCAAGCGAGACACUGACUGGGACAACAGGAGAACAGAACCUCUGGGUUUGGGUGGAACUUGGCAGUGGGGACGUUCAACUGAGGCCUUCUCUACUCAUCCAAGCACACGUGUGUCUUCACCUUCCCUCACCCCCCCCCAGCCUGCUCAGGUCUCCUCUGUCCCUUUCCUGCUGCCACACAGAGAUGAUAUAAAAGAGGCUCUUUGGCUGUUCGCAUCUUGCUUCCUCUUCUUUUCCAGGUUGCAGUAUUGAGCUCUGUUUGCUUUGUACAAGCUUAAAGCCCUAAUAGCAGUACCUACCAGAGUUGUUCUGCCCUUUCGGGGGUCCUGGGGAAGGCAGCGCACAUCACCCGUUUCCCAGAGCGUGGAGGCAAGUUGGCCCGCCGCUGACAUGAGCCAGGGUAAAGGCACCCUUUGGAAUUACUGAUUUCUAAGAUUAAUAAAGUAAUUCUAUUUUUUUUCUUUUCUUUUUUUUUAUUUACUAAUUCCCAACAAUCAGUAUUCACAAUCAAGACUGAAAUAGAACCAACUUCUCAUUUCAUUCCAUUGCUGGACAAUUUUUUCAAUUUCAUGUUAGAAACGGAAGCUUUCAAGAACUUGUGUUUCAGCAGAUGGUGUGUCAGGCUGUUCCCCAGGGCAGCACCUGGGAAGCCCUGUGUACAGAUUCUCCACAGCCAGGCUGCAGCUGGAGGCUCGCCCCUGUGGUCCUCUAGUGGCAUGUGACUCUGUCCAGUUGCCCUUCACCUCCCUCAAAGUCCAUGUGGACAGAGCAGCUCUGCCUGGACCACGUGGCACUUGGCCUCUGCUGUCCUUCCCUAGGUCCUCACUCUGGCUUUUGCUGGAGAACAGGCUGAGAACCGGGCCACAGGCUUGACCUAGCUGUCCUGGGGAGUUACUUUAGAAUCCAGAAUCUGGGCCUUCUACAAGGUCCUAUAAGCUCAGCAUUGAAAUCCAAAGAGAAAGUGACAUACAGAGAUUAAAAGGGACUUUAUUGACUUCUCGGGGACUGAAAAAAAAAAGGUUUUGGGCACAUUGAAGCACUGUGCCUGUGCAGGUUGAGGUCUCAUUCCACAUGUUCCCGGGACUCCUGGAUCAUGGUUUGAGAACCAUCAUAACUCUGCUCACUUGUUUGGGAGUUGGUUAAGAGACAAAUUAGAAUUCCUCCCUCCACAAUCUCCUGCUGAUAUAUAGAGUUGGGAAAUAAGGGAUUUAGAGAAACUCACCAAAUGAAUCUUGUGGAAAGGGGUAAGAGGGUAUGAGUCUAAUAAAAGAACUUUGAAAGCAA